ACAUUGAGAUAAUGGGAGGGGCAAGCUCCAGAAAUUCCGAGGUGUUGUCAUUGCGUUCCUCAGUUUUGUGUGUUUAGCACUGGGUGUACGGGUGGGGUGUUAAAUAUCUACAAUGUGGCUAUAACAGCAGUUCUGGCUUUUAUUUUGUGUACUUUGACGUAUUGUUCCGGUAUAGCACAGAAAAGUAUAGCACAGCCGGGAAAUUAAAGAUCCUGUAUUUUUACACGAAGGUUAGCUUAUAAGCUAUUAGCUAACGCCUAACGUUAGCUAUGGAGGAGAGGAAAGAGGAGGGAGAAGCGGAGAUCCAAGAGCACGGCCCCGAGCACUGGUUCUCGAAAUGGGAACGGCAGUGCUUAGCUGAGGCGGAACAGGAUGCGCCAAACGAAGAGGAGUCCGAGCAAAGCCAGCAAAAGCUGUGGCACCUCUUUCAGAACUCAGCCACGGCGGUAGCACAGCUCUACAAAGAUCGAGUAUGUCAACAGCAAGGACUCUCCCUCUGGGUGCCCUUCCAAAAUGCAGCCACAGCUGUCACUAAUCUGUAUAAAGAGAGUAUGGAGGCCCGCCAGCGGAGCUAUGACCUGGGCAUCCACUUAGGCUAUCAGCGCAGGAAUAAAGAGGUGAUUGCAUGGGCGAAAAAACGCAGAAGAACUAUAAGACGAGAAGAACUCAUUAGCUUCCUGUGUGGCAAAGUUCCACCUCCUCGUACAGCUCGCGCCCCACCCAGAGUUUCCAUGGUAUCUGCGAGCAGACCGUCACCUUCGGAGACUGGCAGCUCAGUGGAGACCGACCUGCAACCCUUUAGAGAGGCCAUCGCACUGCAUGGCCUUAGUGGUGCCAUGGCCAGCAUCUCUGUGCGUUCUGGUCCUCCUGGUUCCCCAACUCACCCUGCACAGUCUCUCAGUCGUCGUAGGAAUGGGCUUCAUGAUGUGGACCUCAACACCUUCAUAGCUGAGGAGAUGGCACUCCAUUUAGAUUCCACCACCAAUCGUAAACGAGGCCCUGCCCCCUGUAGUGAUGUCAUCACAGACUCACCCACGCAUAAACGUAACCGGAUGCUCUGAACUCUUCCCACACCACUGAUCCCUCCUCUGUCUGCUCCUCAGUGGCCAACUGGACAGCCGAUGGGGACUCGCGCCUUGGCCAACCACUGAAAUCUUCCUUAGUCGCAAUGCUACAAAUAAAGAAAAAACUGUUCUCAGCGUA